CUAUAGAAUGUACUCAGUGUAAUCUUGGGGAUUCUUGCCUCCAUAAAAUGAAUUGUGCUGAUGCAGGAAUGAUAUGUGUUUCUCUAGAGGUGGUCAACACAUUUGAGGGAGAUGUCAGUGGGACCUAUAAAGGAUGCAUCGCUCCAAGUUCCUGUAUGCCAUUAGUCCUCACAAUGAGUGUCACAGCUGAAAUGCAAGUUCGGAGCAACAUGGCCUGUUGUGCGACAAGUGGCUGUAACGACAAUCUGACUCUAAGUGUGCCUCCAAGCAGUUCUUGGAAGAAUGGGGUGUAUUGUCCAGCCUGUGAGAACUUGAACAAGAGCCUGUGCGUAGCCCAAGUUGAUGUUCCUUGCACAGGAGCUGAAGAGAUGUGCAUUACCCUCGAGGGAGUAUCUAUUGCGAAAUCACAUCACAACUUCUCUAUGAUGGGCUGUGCUACUCCCAGUGCCUGCGGCCUGAGAGAGAAUGACCUCAUGUCUUUUGGAGGUGAUGUCUACAAGCUGACCCGGAAUGCAACUUGCAAAAACAGGGGAAACGUAGUUGCCCUGCCCUCUCUUUCCGUCAUCAUCUUUCAAGUCAUUGUCGGGCUCCUCGUAGCAAAUGUCCUCUUUUGUCUGAGCCUCCCUGAAUGUACCUCCUCAUCUUUGUAACAGUCUGGGUGAAAGCACA